GGGUGAUCUCUAGACUGGGCCGAUCUCCGAGGAAAAGACUGCAGGCCCUAGAACAGACCGAUCUCCUAGGAAAAGACUGCAGGCCCAAGAAGAAUGGCCAAUCAUAUGUGUCUGUACGGUAUCCUUCUGUUCACAAUGACAGAGUCAGUCCUGUCCCUGCCGCUGAGGGCUUCCCUCUCCGACCCACGGGGCCCGCAUUUCACCUCCAUCAAGGGGCCUAGCAAGAUUAAGGCCGGGGUCACGACGGAGUUCGUCUGCUCGGCGAUGUGCACCCCAGAGUGCUCCUACACCUGGCAGGUGUCCGGCCAGGAGGCGCAGGGUGACACGUUGACCGUGACCGUGAGCGGUCAACAUCAGAGCCUGGAGUUGGUGUGCACCGCCGUCAACCCCACCAACAACGACUCACAGAGCACCGACAAGACUGUGCAAGUUGACAACCAGGUGAUGGUGAAUCCCACCACCGGCGCUGAUCCACAGGAGGGCCAUGCCUUCAUGCUGGCCUGUAAGGGCUCCGGCCCUGGCAUCACCACGGUCUGGUACAAAGACAAUGAGCCUAUCGCUGCUGACCAAAGGAUUUGGCUCACUGAGAACCACGCCAUGCUGAACUUCAGCUCUCUGCUGCCCCCUGAUGGCGGCUACUAUGAGUGCGUCGUGACCAACAGCACCAUCCGCGUGACAAGCCGAGGGUACCAGCUGAGCUUUGGAACUAUAGCUGUGAGCCUCCUUGGCCCGGACACGGUGGAGGCCGGAGUCGAGCACACCUUCACCUGCCAGGCCGACUGCACCCUGGCCUGCUCCAUCACCUGGAGCUUCCCACACGGCUUCCCCCAGGGCUCCUUCUCAUUCAGGGGAGACACGGUCCGAUGGACUCCAGCGACUCCUGGGCUGGUUCAGGUGUUCCAGUGUAGCGCACAGAACUCACUGGCCCAGAGGACAGCCCAAGCCACCAAGAGAGUGACAGUAUCGGCACCUCCUACAACCCCAGCACCUCCUCUUCCCCCUACACCCAGUGGCUCAGUGGUGGAGAGACCCUCACUAGCUCUGGUCUCCAUGGUCUGCCUGCAGCUGCUGUUUGCCCUGUCUGCCUAGUGGGGGCGCUCCUGUGCCAUGCAGUGAAGUGCAGCGCAGAGUCUUGUUUGAUGCACCCAGGCCAGGCCAACUGAGUCGCACCGUUAAUAAACGAAGUACACUGGAAUACAUUUGUCAGGGUUUACUAAACUGGUGAAUACAGAAAGACAUGAUGUGGUGGAUACUUUGCCUGCAUAUUCUGCUAAUGUUAAGACAUUGACUACAAUGUAUACAAAUACAAUGUAUAUAUGUUUUUCUUUUUCCUCAGCUCAUCGCUUAUUUUGCAUUCAGACAAAAUUUUGCAGGAUAUAAAUGUAUGCCAUAGACAAUUAAAAUAUCACACAUAUUUACGGGUAUGACUUUGAUAUUGUUGACUAAUAAAACCUUUUCCUGAAUGCA